UUAACUCUGCUGCUCAAAACAAACAGACGGCAGCAUCUGAGUACUUAUAGGAGAAGCGCUCAUCCAUCUGGGGCAAUUCCUCUCGCAUCUGAGGACCCGGCUCCACACAGGACACGGUGAUGAAGGUGAGAGCUUUCCUGACACUGAGCAGACAACUGGCAAAAUGUGUCCUCCACCCAGAAAAGAGGCUACAAGUCAGAUCCUGCAGCCUGGCUGCCUGCGCCCUCCAGCACAAGGAUGCAAACUUGCACCCUAUAUGGAAAGGACCUUUAAACAUCCCCGGAGGAUCCCGCCAGUCUCCUAUCAACAUUCGUGUACGGGAUAGCGUUUUUCACCCAAAUCUUGCACCUAUCUCCACCCAGUAUGACCCCAAUACGUGUAUUCACAUCUGGAACAAUGGUUACUCCUUCCUGGUGGAGUACGAUGACUGCACCGACAAAUCAGUGGUGAGCGGCGGACCCCUGGAGAACCCCUACAGACUCAAACAGUUCCAUUUCCAUUGGGGGGCCAAUAAUGACUGGGGCUCGGAGCACACGGUGGACAGCAAGGUGUUUCCUGCAGAGCUCCACCUUGUGCAUUGGAACUGCUCCAAGUACCGGACCUUCGAGGAAGCGGUCAUGGAAGAGAGCGGCUUGGCUGUCAUCGGCAUAUUCUUAAAGCUCGGCAGGUACAAUGAGAAGCUGCAGAAGCUGGUAGACAUAUUGCCUUCUGUCCGAUAUAAGGACUCUCUUACAGAGUUUAAUUAUUUCGACCCCUCCUGCCUUCUGCCGACCUGCAGUGAUUACUGGACCUACUCCGGCUCGCUGACCACGCCGCCGCUGACCGAGUCCGUGACUUGGAUUAUGAUGAAGAAACCGAUUGAAGUCGACCACAGUCAGCUUGCGGUAUUUCGCAGUCUUCUUUACACUGCUGUGGGCGAAGAAGAGAAAAACAUGGUGGACAACUUCCGUCCUCUCCAGCCGCUCAUGAACCGCACCGUCCAUUCCUCCUUUGAACCAGCUCUAAAGAUGUCUGACUUCAAAAAAACGGAUGUUCAGGCCGGGUAGAGCGCGGUCCUCACAUUCCGCACGGCGAUACGGUGUACCAUCUCUGCAUUACCACAGACGAGAUCUUGCCCCUAAUCCUCACCCUGGGAUCACGUUUCCAUAUUUCUCCGCCUUUUCCAGGUUACACUGAUCGGUUUACAGGCGCUUCAGAGCUGCGCAUCGGUGCCUUUUUUAUAUUCAUUUGCAAUUUUUUUUAUUUAUUUUUUUUGCAGUCUUUUUUAAGAGAUACAACUGGUUUUAAGUGACCUUAGAAUAACGUGGGGUGGCCGCGCUCGGUCAUGUGACCUAAGGACUGGUUCCACCUAAUGGUCGGGGUGCAGGAGCGUUCCAUGCACUGGUGCUGAUGCUACAUGUGACCCCUGAGCGCCGCAGUGGUUGGAGUAUAACCCCCCACAUUGCAGGCCUGCUAUGUUUUCUUCUGUCCUUGCUGUGCAUUACAUUAGUUCCUGUUUGUCUGGUUAUAGGAGUUGAUAUACCUCUGCGGAGCAUGCUGGGUGUUGUAGUUAAUGUUUCCCCUAAAGUGCUGUUUUCUUAAGGGACAGGAACCCGGCGUCUGUCGUCUUGCUGUUGAGUUGUGCAUCGCAUCGUUUUACGACUAGGGGGGGGGGGGGUGCAUGCUAUUGCUUUCUGUUAUCAGAUAUUUCGGUUUAGGGAGAGGCUGGAAGGUUGGUGCACGCCGCCAGUAGGACGGGUGCAGAGGCUUGUAGUAAUGUUCUAGCUGUACUGGUGUCCGUCAAGAGAACCUCGCGUUCUCACCAGUGUCGUAUGCGCCUCGGGUGCAGGUGACGGCUUCACUUAUGGGGUCUGUAAAAUGUAUCCGAAUAGUGAUUUAUUAAAGGCUUUGUUUUAAACUCUCACAUUCUGCCUCCUUCUCAGUAGAUGCCCCUGGGGGAGCGCUGUCCCUUUAAGUAGCUCGCGUUCCCACAAGCAGCGGCUCCGAUUCCCAUACAGCAGACAAUCCAGCCAUUGAGCGCCGGCGGAUUGUCUGCUCCUCCUGCUUUGUGGGAACUGGAUGUGUUUCCUUUUCACGGGGAGGUGGUCGAGCAUCAGA